AUGUCUCAAUUUCAUCUCUCACCUAUUGCCAAAAAUAAAGCACAAUCUCAUCUUGGACUUGAACUAGUUCUUGUAGUAGCUGCUAUUGCUUCUUGUCAUAGACAUAACUGCUUUGGUGGGUUAGCCGUUGUGACACCAUCUUAUGUACUGGUUUGCGUCGCUGGCUCUCUUCAACAUCCCUGGACCUACUUUGGUGUUGCAGCUCUUGACGCACCGAUCGUUCUCCAAAUCCCAAAUUAUGGUAGCGUCGUUGUAGCUCUUUAUCAAGGGUAUAGAUCCGGUGGCAUGAUAAUUCCCUCUCGAGAACAUACUUUCGUUGAUGUUGCUGUUUGUGAUGGUUAUAAAUCUAUCCAUCCAUUUUCGUUCAAACUUUUUGUGGGUUCGAAUCUUUUUACAAGUAAUCCAAGUUUUGGAGUUGCUUUACCAUUCAUAGGGGAGACAGCAAAAAUGUCGAAGCGAGGAUGUGGAGGAUCGGCGAAUAACAAGUUCAGGAUGUCUCUGGGUCUUCCAGUGGCUGCGACGGUGAAUUGCGCCGACGACAUCGGGGUAAAGAACCUUUACAUCAUUUUAGUGAAGGGAAUGAAGGGUAGGCUCAACCGUCUUCCUUCUGAUUGCGUCGGUGACAUGGUUAUGGCCACCGUCAAGAACGGUAAGCCCGAUCUCAGUCAGGAAGAAGGUCAUGCCCACAGUCAUUGUCCGCCAGCACAAGCCAUGGCGCCGACAGGACGGUGUCUACAUGUACUUUGA